AUGUUCUUUGCUUCGCCAGCUCACCCCCAAUCGAACGGACAGGUCGAAGCAAUGAAUAAAAUUGUCAAGAAGCUAUUGAAACGGCAGCUUGACAAAGCCAAAGGAGCCUGGUCGGAAAAACUUCCAGAGGCGUUAUGGGCCAUCCGGACAUCUUAUCGAACGGCAACUGGGGAAACACCGUUCUCCAUGGCUUUCGGCUCGGAAGCGGUAGUCCCAGUAGAAAUCGAAGAGCCUUCCUACCGAACGGAAGCUUUCACACCGAAAGCGAAUGAGGAAGCGCUCGCCUUGAGCCUCGACCUGCUCGAAGAACGCCGAGCACAAGCCAACCUUCGGAACGAAGCUUACAAGCAACGUGUCUCUCGGUACUAUGACUCCAGGGUCAGAUCCCGCUCUUUCCGAAUCGGAGAUUAG